AAAUAAUGAAUAAUGUCUAAUGCCUUCACGCUGACAGCCACAGCAGUGGCACAGACUGGAUAGUGGGCUUCAUCAUGAGCUUCUCCUUCACGUCCGCAGCCGCAGGAUAAUGACCUGUCAGCCGCUGCGUGCGUCUGGCGCGGAUCACGGUCAUGUUGCGUCUCUCUCUCUCUCUCUCUCUCUGUGUUCACUCAGAAGAAAAUCACACGAGUGAUUCCCUUUCUCCUCUCGGAUUCUCUUCCUCUUCUCCUGUUCCUCUGCAGGUCAGCUCGCCUCUGCUUGUGUCUGCGUGACCGCUCAUUGAACGGCUGUCGCCCUCAUCAUCAUCACCCUCCUCAUCAUCAUGACUUGUGCCCUCAGGAGCGUGAAGCUGUGUAAAAAAAAAAUCGGAAGUCCCUCGUUUGGUAUUUGCGCGUCCUUUGAGCCUCUCAGUAAUCACAGCCGCUAAUUAAAGGCUGGGGGACCGCACUGGAAAUCAAUAGACUCAGCGAUGGGAAGACCUUCAGCAUAUCGACACACAAGACAAAGACGCUUCCAUGCUGUCAUUUGGACACACUUUAUUUAGACCGUGCCAUGGGGAAGAGUUCGGACUGAAAUACAGGGAGAGUUAAAAGCGCCAUAGGAGGAGAAACGGAGCAAGAGAGAGAACGGUUGUCUGGAGUAGAAAACAUGGUCAUCACAGACAGAAACUCUGGAACUCCUGUACCUAAAAAGGAGUCGCAGAAGAAGAAGAGGAGGAAAUCUCGCCCUCAUGGUCUGCCCUCUCCAGCCCUCUGCUGUGCCUGUGGCCUGUGCAUCAUGCUGGCAGGACUCAACAUUACUCUGGUCGGAGCAUUUGCCUUCAGCACACUGGUGCCUUCUGCCAACCCCCCGAUCAUCAUCGGACCAAUCCUUCUUCUGGUGGCCUUUUCUUUUUUCGGGGCCUGCUGUGUGUGCAGCCGCCUGCCGCCUCCCCACAGCUCACGGAGGUCAAAGGUGGGUGGCAAAGGGGGAGGACUGAUGGGACACACUGGGCUAACUGGUGGCGCAGCAUUUGAAAUUGAGACCAGCGAGCACACUCUGCAGGAUACUACAGCGGUGCAACUCAGCCCCACAUCUUCCCCCGGAUCGUCGCGGGCGUCCAGCCCAGAGAUGGAGGCUCCUGAUGCAGCACCACUAAGCUCCUGCAAACUCUUCACCAUGGAGACCAACGGUCCUCCUUCUGUUUCUGCCACAGCAGUCUACUCGGCCUCCACAGCAGCAGGAGGGGAGGUGAGGCUCAAUCUGCCUCGUGAGGAAGUGGUCACCUAGCAGGGCAUUACCUCGUCCAAGGCCAGAGUGUUAGCAGUGUAAAUAUCCUUCUGAGUCAAGGGCCGGCUGAGUGUGAUUGUGUCCUGUAGUUAUGUAGUGAAAUAUUUCUGGUUGUGACAAGUUCUCCGCAGUAUGCUUUUGAAUUCUCUCGCUAUGUUGCCCACUAGUAACUAGCAUGCAGAAAGAAAAAAAAAAAUCCAAGUAUCGUGUGGCUCAUAGGUUGAGGAAUUCAAAUUCCUACAUCUGCUGCGCUGUUCUUGACGUCUUUGUUUUAACUGGGGCAUUAUGAACAGUGUUUUUUUGUUUCUGUGGAAACUGAACUCAGUGUCUGAAACCAUAAACAUUUAUCCGUAGCUGUUCGUCUUGUCUGUGAAAACCUGUCCUGCCAGCAUUGGUUUGAGGAGCCUCCUCUGAAAAAAUGUGAUUGUUGACUUGUUCUAAAAGGUAAAAGAUUAAAUGUGAAAGGUCAGAAUUGAAAACAGGGAUGUGAUGACAUUUGAUAUUUUUAUUUGCCAACCUCCUCGCUGAACUUGUUCUGGGAGCAUAAAAUAUUAAAGGUCACUCGGGUCCCAAAGCAAUAUGGUCUCACCUGAGAUUAAAUUCAAGCCAUUUCGAGUUAAAAGUAAGGGAUGCCAUGACACUUGUCUACAACCAACAGCUUUGUAAUGAACAAGGUAUGUGUUGCUGUAUAUGAACAUGUAGUUGAGUACAAUGUUGGAAUCAUUAUUCUUGUAGUUUGACAAGAGACAAGUCAUCACAUAAACACCACAGGCACUGUGUUUCCUCACCAUGAUGGCGACUGCUUUUAAAUUCACAUGUGUAUUUUUACACAUCAUUCAAAUCACAGUUUUAAAGUCUCAUGAUCCACGUGCAAAAGUGACUUAUAUCAUUUUAAUGUAUGGAGUUAGACAACUAGAUUUUGAAUUACACCGUGUGAUUGGACACAGACAGAGCAAACGGGAACAUGUGAAUUUUCAUUUUUCACGGCUAACAUGGGGCCACACGGUGGAGUAGUGGUUAGCACUCUUGCCUUGCAGCGAGAAGACCCGGGUUCGAGCCCUUCUGCAUGGAGUUUGCAUGUUCUCCCCGUGUGUGCGUGGGUUCUCUCCGGGUUCUCCGGCUUCCUCCCACAGUCCAAAAACAUGCAAUGUGGGGAUUAGAUGAAUUGGACACUCUAAAUUGACCAUAGGUGUGAGAGUGAGAGUGAAUGGUUGUUUGUCUCUAUCUGUGUGUGUGGCCCUGCGAUGGACUGGCGAACUGUCCAGGGUGUACCCCGCCUAUCGCCCGAUGUAGCUGAGAUUGGCACAGCACCCCCCGCGACCCUCUGGUUGAGGAUAAAGCGGUAGAUGACGUCUAACAUGACAACCUCUGCUACACCUGUGGAAAAGCCACGAGAUAUAUUCAGAUUGCAUAAAAUAAUAUUUGUUCCCCAUCACUGUGACGUCUUCUUGGCAGUUAUAAACCUGAUUGGUUUAGAAAAAAAGCAUUUCCCGUCAAAGGAACGUUGCCUUAUAGACAGAUAUCAGGAUCAAACUAAUGAGGGCUAUAUAAAAUUGCACAGCAGCAGUUUUCCUCAGAAAACCUUUUUUUCCUCUGCCUCCGGAUUCCUACUCCAUGUUGUUAAGAAAGCCUCAACAUGUUUCUGUUUUUGUGGAUGUAACAAAUGCAUGCAAAUGGCUUUGAAACAUUUCAACUCUGAAAUGAAAUGAUAGCUGGAGCUAAAACUCCUGCAUACAGCCAUGCACUGACCAGAGCAUUCACUUACCCAUUGAUUACUCGGACACUGCUCCUUGAAAGGAUCACUUUCCCCUGCCAGCAAGGCUGUCUGUCAAGCCAAAUUAGAGUGCGGAGCUGAAUGCUG